CAACAUGUUUAUCAUGAGUCUGGCUGUUGCUGACGUCACGGUAGGCAUGAUCGUUAUGCCAAUCAGCUCAGCCUACGCCAUCACCGGAAACUGGAGAUUCGGGAUCAUCGUCUGCCAAUUCUGGCUGUCGGUGGACUACACUGCAAGCACGGCAUCUAUCCUGAACCUGUUCAUUCUCAGUUUGGACAGGUACUGGUCAAUACGCUCGCCUCUGAAGUACAUGAGGAAACGAACCAAAAAGCGGGCCCUCAUCAUGAUUGGAAUAGUGUGGCUGGUGUCUGCUUUGUGGAUUGUUCCAAUUAUUGGGUGGCAUUUUUGGUAUAACAAUGGCAUUCGUAAGCACCCUAGCGAUGUGUGCGAGACAGAAUUCGCUGACAAUGUGUUCUUCAAACUUUCAACGUCUACCGCCAACUUUUAUUUACCCCUGGUGUUCAUGAUUUGUUUGUAUGUGAAGAUCUUUACUGAAAUUAAGAAAAGAAGCCAUUUUGAAAUCGGACAGUGUAAUCAGGGUCAGGAGAGAAAGGAAAUAGCUAAGGAUUCUAUUAAUCCAUCUGAGUGUAACACUGAAACGGAACAAAAUAUCCGAAUGAAAAAAGUAAGAUGGCGCUCAGCAGGAAGCCAAACUCCUAAAGACUUCGAACAAGACCAGAAAAUCUCAAAUCCUCUUCACGAAGAAUUAUGUGAUUGUGAAGAAGAGGGAAAAGGACAGGAUACGAACCUCGAUCCAACCCCUAACCAACUUUCUGAAAGUGGGAGGAGACAUUCCAAAAUUCUUAAAAGGAAUUGUCGCUAUCGGCAGUUGACCUUGUUAUCAGUCCCCACGCUCAACAGUGACAAGGAACUCUACAAUGAACAUUUCGAUAACGUCGUCGUAAACGUCGAAGUUGCUAGCGACAGUGAAGAGAAAGGUUCGGGGUUUCUUGGAAGUGGAAAAGUGGAAAUGUAUGAUUCACGUCCAUUAACUUUUUUAUCUUCACCAGGAAAUCGUGGCAUAAGGCCAAGAAGGUCGGGAUUUGGAGUUCGAAAACCUCACAGUCGCAAAACAAAUUGUAAUAAUCUUGGCCAAGACAACAUUGAACUCAAUACCAUGGUAGACCAGUUACUGAAGCCCGAGAUUGGCCAUUUCAGUAGAAAUUGGCAUUCCCAAAAUAUUGAAAACUCGCUCUACGUAAAACCUUGGGAUUCUCUGACUCGACCUAGAACCGGCUCAAGUUUCCGAGCCGGAGCCGGAUUUCUGCCUCACUUCACCACAACAUUCCCAGUGAGGGUUACAAGAAAAACUCUGGCAUCCAACCUGAGGCAGCAGAAGAAGGCUGCUCGUCAACUGGGAGUUAUAAUGGGAGCUUUUGUAUUGUGCUGGCUUCCUUACAUUAUAAUUUUCAUUGUGACAGCUUACUGUGAGGACUGCAUUAAUCCAAAAAUCCACACAGCUACCAUCUGGCUGGGCUAUUUGAACUCUACAAUGAACCCAUUUUUGUACGCCUUGUGUAACGACAAUUUUAAGAGGGCCUUUAAGAAAAUAUUUAGGAGUACCUCCAAGCGUCCCAACUUCUUCACAGCUUCAAAUACCAUAAGAACGGACCAUCGUUUUGCCUGAGGGCUUUGUUUGUUGUUUAGCACAAAGCUAUACAAGGACCUAUAUGUGAUGUGCCCUCCGCGGGUAUCUAAACAUGAAUUUUAGUAUUAUAAGCCCGUAUACUUACCGCUCAAUUUCCGGGGAGCUGUUACAGUAUAAAGUUGCGCAAUACUCACAACAGGGAUCAAACCUCAUAUUUAAAUAUUAUAACUUCUCAAACCUGCCACUGUAAAGCUGCCGAAGGACUUGGUUGGUUUUUUUCUUUUGAUAAUUAACUUGCCCUCUUGGGCAUUUUUUUAAUCACACAAAAUAUUCAGAAAUUAUUCGAAACCAAAACGUAGGACAAUAACGGUUUUGGAUUUUAAAAAAAUCCCUAUCUGUAACAUGUUUGUUUUUAAAACUACGGUGUAAAGCUGUACAGUAAGCUAUGGGCGAUGUAUCUGUUGCAGGAAUCGAACCCCGAAUUUUAGCCUUAUAAGCCAUUAAGCUUACCACUGACCCGCGAAGUAAUAAUAAUGAUACAGUGAACUUCCUUCUCCGGUGAUGUAGCUGGAAGUAAGCUUGAAGUCUUGUAACGCUAAAAUUUGGGGAUCGAUACACGCGGUUGGCACAGAGCAGA